GGGUGGAGACUACCGCCGUUUUGUCAUGCGCCCCUUUUCCAGCAGAGCGCGGCCGGCAUUCGUGCCCCCGCCCCAUCGUCUCUUCCUCUGUCCCCCAAACGGGCGCAAUUUCCUUCCAUUCUUCGCGCCUGUGUGACUUCGCGCCGCUGCCUGGUGAUCGGGCUAACACAGCAGGAAAUACACUGACAUGCCCACAGCCGUGCGCGUGGUGUGCGGGCCCGGUGUUGUGGGCGCACGCCCUCAUGCCGAAUGAACCCCACUGCGUUGAGGAAUUUAAAACUGACGGGCGCGGGCGGCACGAGCACACGUGCGCCCCUAAAGCGCCGAUUCGCCGUUAA